CGACCCUUAACCGUCGGACAGGGUAACUUGAAUUUAUCCCCCCCCCCGCACCUUUCUUAACCUGCUGUGUUCAAAAUGCGUGAGUGCAUCUCUAUCCAUGUAGGUCAGGCUGGUGUCCAGAUUGGCAAUGCAUGCUGGGAGCUGUACUGCCUGGAACAUGGCAUCCAGCCAGAUGGACAGAUGCCCAGUGAUAAGACCAUUGGAGGAGGCGAUGACUCCUAUAACACCUUCUUCAGUGAGACUGGAGCUGGCAAGCAUGUACCCAGAGCUGUGUUUGUAGACCUGGAGCCAACUGUCAUUGAUGAGGUACGUACUGGAGCCUACCGCCAGCUCUUCCAUCCUGAGCAGUUGAUCACUGGGAAGGAGGAUGCAGCCAACAACUAUGCCCGUGGGCAUUACACCAUUGGCAAAGAGAUCAUUGAUCUAGUUCUAGACAGGAUCCGCAAGCUGGCUGACCAGUGCACAGGUCUCCAGGGAUUCCUUGUGUUCCACAGCUUCGGAGGUGGCACCGGUUCUGGCUUUACCUCUCUGCUGAUGGAGCGCCUGUCUGUUGACUAUGGCAAAAAGUCAAAGCUCGAGUUCUCUAUCUACCCAGCUCCCCAGGUGUCCACCGCUGUAGUGGAACCCUACAACUCCAUCUUGACCACCCACACCACCCUGGAGCACUCCGAUUGUGCUUUCAUGGUAGAUAAUGAGGCUAUUUACGACAUCUGUCGGAGGAACCUCGAUAUUGAGCGUCCUACUUAUACCAACCUUAACAGGCUGAUCAGUCAGAUUGUGUCCUCCAUCACAGCCUCCCUCCGUUUCGAUGGUGCUCUAAACGUCGAUCUGACGGAGUUCCAAACCAACUUAGUGCCCUACCCCCGUAUCCACUUCCCCCUCGCUACAUAUGCUCCCGUCAUCUCUGCUGAGAAAGCUUACCAUGAGCAGCUCUCGGUGUCUGAGAUUACAAACGCCUGCUUUGAGCCAGCCAAUCAGAUGGUGAAAUGCGACCCGCGUCAUGGCAAGUACAUGGCUUGCUGUUUACUGUACCGUGGCGAUGUUGUCCCCAAAGACGUCAAUGCUGCCAUUGCCACCAUUAAAACAAAACGCACCAUCCAGUUUGUGGACUGGUGUCCCACUGGUUUCAAAGUUGGCAUUAACUACCAGCCCCCCACCGUAGUACCUGGUGGCGAUCUGGCUAAGGUCCAGAGGGCCGUCUGCAUGCUGAGUAACACCACUGCAAUCGCAGAGGCCUGGGCCCGUCUUGACCACAAGUUUGACUUGAUGUAUGCCAAGCGUGCCUUUGUGCACUGGUACGUAGGUGAGGGCAUGGAGGAGGGGGAGUUUUCUGAGGCUAGAGAGGAUAUGGCUGCCCUAGAGAAAGAUUAUGAAGAGGUGGGUGUCGACUCCAUUGAAGGAGAAGGAGAAGAAGAGGGAGAGGAGUAUUAAAAGAAAUUAAUCACCCCAGUUGAUUUUCGUUUAUCGCUGAUCAGUUGAUAGUAGUAGUGUUGACAUUUGCUCGCCAUGAUGAAGGGGUGGGUGUUGAUUCUGUUGGAGGAGAAGAAGAGGGAGAGGAUCAUUAAAAGAAAGGCGAUUUCACCAGUUGAUUUUCUUCGUUUAUUGCUGAUCAGCUGAUAAUUUGUGUUGACAUUUGCUGGCCAGUAAAGUAACAUUAGACUUCCUAGACAUUUACAACCAGUAGGUGACUAAUGGGCGGUGAUCACAUCCGUGUCAUGUUAUAAUAUUCAUGUCAUGACUUGGUUAUCGUACAGUGUUGGACAUCUUCUGUAAUAUGCAAUAAAUGAUUUGAGA